UGUAAAUCUGUGUCAGGCAUUGGAAAACCAGUAUUUUACUAUAUAAAGGCUACAACAACGGCACUGCGCUCAAACAUAAACAAGCCUUACAAUACAGUGUAGACCAAAACUGCUUUGAUCAUAAUUUUCAUAGACGUAUGUAAAAAUGUCCGCCACUCUUGAUGAUGUAAAAGUCACGCAGCAGCAUGCAUCGAGACCACCACCAAAUGCACUUGGAAUAAAUGUAGAAAAACCCAAGUUUCCUCAAUAUGCAAUUUAUUCCAAACGCCUGGAGUCUUUUGAUUUAUGGCCGCAAUACCUGCCUGUACAGAAGAAAGAUAUGGUCGAAGCAGGUUUGGUAUUCACAGGUGUUGGUGACAGUGUGAGGUGUUACUUCUGUGGCGGGGGUUUAAGGAACUGGGAAGUAGGUGAUGUGCCAAUGGAUGAACACGCGAAGUGGUAUCCGAAAUGUCCUCAUAUUUUACUGGUUAAGGGUCAGGCAUACAUUGACAGAAUUGUUAGAGGAGAAAAGCCUGAGAUAGACGGAGAAGAUGGAACAACCAUUAAACAGGACUCUGUUGAUUCAGUUAACCACUUAGAAACUGCUGCAGCGCAAAGCUGCAUUCAAAUGGACUACUCCAGAGAGAUGGUUGCUAAAGCAAUACAGAUCUUCAUUGCCAAAAAUGGAAACAGUGAUUUUAAAGGCAAAGACUUGUGCGAAAUCCUAUUUGAUAUAGAAGAGAAUCUCGGAGAACUAACGAUAAAUAUAAGUGACGCAAAUACUGUCAAUAAAUGUGUUGAUGAAACCAACGAGGUAGUUAAAGAAGACGAGACGUUAGAGCCACUUGAAACCCUCAUAGAAGAAAACCAUAGAUUAAAAGAAAAUCAAAUGUGCAAGAUAUGUUUGGACAGUCAAGCUGAUGUGAUAUUUCUGCCAUGUGGUCACAGGGUCAGUUGUGCGCAGUGUGCACCGGCGCUACUCAAAUGCCCCAUUUGUAGACAAACUGUCAAUGGACAGUUGAAAGCAUUCUUUUCUGUGACUAAUGUAAAACACUAGCGAUGGUGGGUACACUUUUUACAGAACAUUUCACAUUUCAAUGUAUGCUCAAAAUGUUUCUAUUACGCAGCAUACGAGGUAUGUUUCAGAAUUAGUCUGUCCUGAGGUACUUUCAUCUCGAAUUGUAUCUACGAAAUAGGUAUAUCCCUAGGCAGACUCUCUGCUAUACACAACUUUAGAAAGGCUCCUCUGAUAUAUUGUUGCCUACUUUUCUCACAAAUUACAAUCAAAUAACAUUCAUGUAAAAACGAUUGCCAUUCAGAUGAAAGUUGAUACGAUUUCAUUACCUUUUACAACCAUGAAAUACUCGUGACAUACUGAAGGAAAACAAUCUGCAGUUACAUUUUGGUCUGAAACUACGGAUAAUACAUACGAAGUGUGAAAUUAUUUAAGUGUACCCAUUCGUUUAAUACAAAAUCAAUGAACUACCUCAGAGAUAAAUAUAUUCUAGUCAUAUUUUUGUUAUGUAAAGAGUAAGUGAUUUGAUGAAUAAGAAAUAUAAAAUGUAAUACGAAUAUAAAAUGUAAUAAACCUU